CCUAGUUUCCUAUCUCGAUCGUCCCAAGUUUCCAGUUUUGUUUUGAUUGAAUGUGAUUCAGCUCUCGAUAUCUUCUUUCUCUCUUUCUUUGGUUGACGAUUAAGCGACUGAAUCCAUCACUGAAGGCUGUAAAAUCAUGGCUUCCUUCAGCAGUGUGUCAAAAAAUAGCUUCACGUGUUCCAUAUGUCUGGACGUGUUCACUGACCCUGUAACCACUUCCUGUGGCCACAACUACUGCAUGGUCUGCAUCAGGAGCCACAGAGACCACAGUCCAUGCCCAAGGUGUCCACUGUGUGGGAGGGAAUUGGACUCAAAACAAGAUCUUAACAUAAACAGAACCAUUAAAGAAAUUGCAGAGGACAUCAAAAGGAAACGUGUCCGGGGGGAGCCUGAAGUGUCCUGUGACAGUUGCCCACAGAAAAAAAUGCGGUCUGCUAUUAAGUCAUGCUUACACUGUGGAACAUCUUUCUGCGAGUCUCACUUGGAGCCCCAUAAAACUGCAGAAAAACUCAGGAAGCACAAACUAAUUAACCCUGUGAAAAAUCUUGAGGAACAUAUUUGCAAGAAUCAUGAAAGACCUCUGGAUCUUUACUGUAGAGAUGAUCAGACGGCCAUCUGUCAGUUCUGCACCAUGAGUGACCACAGGACUCAUAAUACUGUUCCUCUGGUGAAGGAGAGUUCGAAAUUGCUGAUGAAUAAAAAGACUGCGGUGCAGCAGAAAAUUCAGGACAAGUUGCGGAAGAUAAAAGAAAUUAAACAUUCUUUGAGGUUUAACAAACAAGCCAAUGAGAAGGAGACUGAAGAGAACAUCAAGUUUUUUAAGGACGUCUUUGACAGAAGCAAUACGGAGUUACUUGAGCUCACAGAGAAACAUCAUAAAGAAACAGAAAGACGAGGAGAACAGAUCAUCAGAGAGCUAGAUGAAGAGAUCGUGGAGCUCAAGAAAAGACAAACGGAGCUGGAGAAGCUGUCGCAUCCAAUGGAUUUUACACAAAUUAUUAGCCUCCUGCGCAACCCCAAAUAUACCAGCCGCUCAAAAACCAUCAGCAUUAGCGCUCUUGAACAUGGAGGUAUUCUGAGGAACACCAUAUCUAAUCUUCAAAGCAUCCUGGAUGAGAAAAUGAGAGAAACUGUUGGCAGAGAGCUGCGGAGUAUAAAACAUUAUGCAGUGGAUGUGACACUUGACCCUGACACGGCUCAUCCUGAGCUCAUGCUGUCUGACGAUGGGAAAAAAGUCUGGAAUACAGGCAAGUCAAAGAAGAUUCCUGACACCCCAAAAAGGUUUGAUUUUUGCUCAUGUGUCUUAGGAAAGGAGGGCUUCUCCUCACAGAAAUUUUACUAUGAGGUUCAAGUCAGUGGGACGGAGUGGGAUUUAGGUGUGGCAGAAGAUUCCAUUGAAAGAAAAGGGCAAAUUGGGCUCACCCCAGAGAAAGGAUAUUGGACGAUAUGGCUGAGGAACAGGGAUGAGUAUGCAGCGAAUGAUUGCACCCCUGUCCCUCUCACCUUGAGACAGAAGCCAGUGAAAGUGGGAGUGUUUGUGGAUUUUGAGGAGGGUUUGGUCUCUUUUUAUGAUGUUGAAGCCAGGUAUCAUAUCUAUUCUUUCACUGGGCAGUCUUUUCCUGGAAAGUUAUAUCCGUAUUUCAUGCCUGAAGAAUGUGAGAAUGGGCAGAACUCAAAUCCUCUGAUCAUUACACCUGUUGACUCAGUCGAAUAAACCAUUUUUUUAAAAGAACUUGUCAAAUGAAUUGAAUGAAGUCUUUGCAGUCUUAACCCUCUCAGACCUAAAUGAUGUUAAAUGCUUUAUUUGCUAAUGCAAAUAAAUAUGUGAUUAAAGCAUUAGAUUCAUUAAGUUCCAUUUAUGUUGUUUCUUUUACAUUUUCAGAAAUUGUUAUGAAAGUUGUUUAUAUAGUUUGAUUUUAAUAUCAGCAUUCUUCAAGAACUUCAUUUAUCAAUGUUAAAUGUUUUUAAAUCAAUAAUGUACAAAAAACAUGCAGUGAUUCACCACAUUCCGAAUGAUUUCAUCUUCCCUCAUUAUUCACAGUUUUUGUGUAAUUUUUUGUCUGUAAGACUCAAGAUGUUUGAUCUUUUUAAUGUUAUAUGGAUUUUUGUCUUCUUCAUCUUCUUCUAGUACAAUGCUUUAAUUCUCUUUUUGAAAUUGCACUAUACACUGAUGUCAUGCUGCUGAGUUUAAGCAGUUCUGGGGUGUAAUUGUGACCAAUAGUGAUGUCAAUGACAUGGCACUUUUUCUGACAACUACAGACCACUUUACCAAGCUUGCUUUUUUUUAUUAAAUAAAUGUGUCAAUAGUUUGCUCAAUUCUUUCAUGCUUUCUCCCAUUUGUGAAGAUAAUCGUCAUAUGUUUUAUAGUUGCUGAAUGUAGUCAAUUUCUGAAGGAAUGGAAAAGACCUUGUUGUUGAUUGCUACAUUUACUUAUUGUUGUGAACCAGAAAAUCACAUUGGGGCCAGGGUCACAUAAUAAUAAUAAUAAAAAAAGAAA